GCGUUUUCUUCGGAAGCCCAAUGUGGCAGAGGCAAGUGAGCAAUUUGGUCAGCUGGCAAAGGAGCUGAAGCAGCAGGACUGCCUUCAGUAUGCUGCCUUCUGUAACCUGGCCAUGGCUCGGUGAGUGGAUCCGUAUUCAUUUUAACUGAAUUGUGCCAAAGCACAGCAACAGGCACCUUAUGGUGUAAAAGCACCUCGCACAAGUAAAGACCCCACAAUAAUCUGGAGAAAAACCCCAACAAUUAAGCAACCCACCAUGAGCAAGCACUUUGCAAUGGUGGGAAGCAAAAACUCCCUUCUAACAAGAAAAAUGCUCUUGCAGAACCAUGUAGAACAGCAGCGUUUGUCCUGCAUACAUAGAGCAACAGGAAUAGCAGCUAGCCAGCCUCAACAGCUAAGGACUGGACAACCAGAGUCCCAACUAGGGAAUUUGUGUAACUAGCUGGCUUGUUGCUAUUGUCACUAGUUUGCACAGGAUGUACUAGUCGUUUAAUCUAAUUGUUUUGCAUUUUAAUUGAUAACCAAUUCUGAUAAAUUGUUGCAUCCUAAUGCUAUGUAGCUAUCUGCCACCAGAUGGUGUGUCAUUGGUGAGAAAUGCUAUAAAUCUCAGCUUGAUCUUUAUGUUAACACCAUUAUUGCUAGUUUUUUGAGCUCGCAGAUACAAGUGGUGGAAAAAAAAAGCUUGCUCUGAAAGUAGGAUGAGCUUUUCCUUAGCGAUAGGGUGAGGAGUUCAUCCAUUCAGGAGGGAUUCAGAUAGAGCUGCUGCUCCUCUACAUCAACAGGAACCAGCUGAGGCUGUUCCUUCGUUUAGAGAGUUUUUGACAUUAAACAAUUCCCAAGUUUAACUCUACAGCUUCCUAGUUGUACACUAGUCAUUUCUUAGUCGACUAAGAAAUUAUUAGUCGCCAGGAACAUCCCUAGUACCAGCCCUUAACCACUCCAUGGCACAUAUUGUGCCUGACCACUAUGGCACCUCCAGCAGGUGGUCAUCUCACCAAAUCUGGACUUUUGGCAUCUGAGUAAACAGAGGCACUGUGAUGAGGUCCUCUCGUCUGUACUUGUGCCAUUCAUGUGGCAGUGCCCAUCUAGCAGUUGUUUCAGUUGGAUAAUGCUGCUCCUCCAGUGCCAGAAUAGUGCAGGGCUUUCUAGAUCAGUGGUGUAUCCUGAGACUUCCUUGGCCAGCAUUAACCCUGAUAUGUUUCCUAUCUAACAUGCCUGGAACAUGCUGAGUCAACAAACAGGGUGCACUGCACAGCUGCAGACUGCACUCACCCAGGAAUGGAGAGCAGUUCCUCAAUAACAUAAUAUAUCCAGACACUUGUGCAGUCCAUGCAGAAACCGGUAAAAAUGCAUAGAUUUCAAAUACCGUAACACAGACUUAUUGCCUUAACACAGACACACACUUUUGCUUUUCUAGUCUAGCUGAGCACUCAAAGUGCUUUACACAACUUCCCUCAUUCACCCACACAAGCACUUUUAUUCUAUCCUCUUUCUUUAAGCGCUUUCUGCCUAACAUUUACACACAUUCAUAUUCUGAUGGGUGAGACUCUUGGGUUGGUAUCUUGCACAAGGAUAUUUGGCAUGCAGAUUGGAGCAGCCAGGGAUCGAACCACCAACCCUUCUGAUUAGCAGAUGACCUGCUCUGCCUCGUGAGCUGAGCCACUCCACUCAGUAACGAGGCGCUUGAUUUCACUGAUGUCCUUGUAGAAGACUGAGUAAAUCCUUCAUGCUUGUUUCCAAAAUUUCUGGGAUCUCUGCCAGGAAACUGCAGAAACUUGCUCAUCAUCAUUAUUUUGGGGUGAAAUGCUCAAGGAUCACACGCAGGUUUAUUGAUCAAAUAUUCACACGCUUGUCCUACAUUCAGGUCAUAAAAGAUUCAAGUGUAGAACCAAGCAUAAAAGACUUUAAGAGGGGGCUGACUUGAAGCUUGAAAAUAAUUCUGUUACUCAUUGUGGUUUCACCACAUAAUGCUGCCGUGUAAUAAGUCAAUUUUAGUUAUUUUUCCUACAUCCGCUAUCGUUUUUUUCAGAAACAAAUCAUGAAAUUUUUGACAAAAGUAUAAGUAACAUGUCCUCAUGAGGACAAUUAGAUAAAAAAAAAAAUCACACUUUUGUUAUUAUAAUUAUGUCAUAAUUAUCUUAUUUAGCUUUCAAAUGGCACGCAUGUUUGUUAUCAGUUUUUUAAGGUCUAUAAAUCACUACUUUUCUUGUUUAAAAAAACAAAGAAACAGCAUGUGAGGUUGUUACAUAAAGGUACAGUCGGUGGAGUGAUGAGUCCUCAGUGGUCAGCAGUAGUCUUAAUUGGCCCACAGGGAGAGCGUAGCAUUCAUAGUCAUGACAGUGACCUAUCGGCUGUUGUUAUACAUCCUCGAUGUCUUGACUGCAGGUGUGAGCAGACUCUCUUUAAUGCUCCUGGAGAGGCACUGGCAUUAACUGACGCUGCUCGCCUCUUCCUCUCAUCUGAGAAGGAGAACAGGGCACUGCAGGCUCCAGGCUUUGAUGAACACCUCCAGGCUGCACUCAACUGCUACAGCUUCGCCACUAAGGUGUAUAUUGAGAUGAACCAGCCUGUGAUGGCAGCCAGCCUGUGUUUGGAACUUGGCAACGCGCUCAAGGAGAUUAACAGACCAGGAGAGGCUAUUGUUCAUUAUCAGAGGGCUGCAGAGUUACAGACGCAAACACCCAUCGAAGCUUUGCUGUCGAUGGGAGAAAUGGCCACGUGUAAAAUCCUCACCCGUGAUUAUGACGGUGCUUUGUCAGUGUUCACAGAGAUGCAGCUGAUCUGUCAGGAGAAAGGACUGCAGCUACCAGGCUCCAUCACCCCUGUUGGUGCCUUUUUGGACAUUGUGGCAAAAUGUGAGAUAUCCAGGGUGCUUCUGCUCAUGUUGCUUGAGCCUCCACCUCAGAAGUUGUUACCAGAACACGCCCAGACCCUGGAGAGAUACGCGUGGGAGUCCUUUGAUCCUCACAGCCAAUUGACCUUCCUGCCUGAGAAUGUUUUCCUGCUCCUGCAGUCCGUAGUGAUGGCGUGUCAGGAGAAAGACACAGAGUCUCUAAAGUCUCUUCAGACUGAGCUAUGGCCGUUUCUGACAGCUGAGCAGAACCAUCUUCUCCACCUGGUGGUUCAGGAGCGCAUCACGCCGUCUGGUCAAGGCAUUUAAUACAGUCCAGUUUUUAUUCGCUUCCUCUGGGAACGAUACUUUAUAUAAUGGAACAUUCCUGUUUCUGAAUGGGUCUGUUGUAAGGCCCGGAGAAGGGUUGUUUUCAAACUCCAGUGUUGUAACUUGGACUCAGAGAAAUAUUAAACGUUGUGCUUAUUCAGUCACGUAGGUUUGGAAAUCAAGCUGAACUGUCUUUGUUGUCCUCAGACGUGCAGAUUGCUGUUGCCAGGAAUGCUUAGCUAAGAAUAAAUGUUGUGUAUGUAUCUGAGUGGAGACUAUAAAACUGGACCACGUCAUAUGUUUUUAUUAUGUAAAAGUUUCAAAUGUAGAAGAACUUAUUGUGUUUACAGCUGGUUAGUAGAUUAAACACGAAUGCUUUGUUUUAUCAUUUUUAUUAAUAAAUGACAUAACAUGGCUUAAAUUCCAAUAUAACAAAAUCUUCUACUGCAUAGUUCUGUAAUAUGGUGCAAUGACACCUCUGUCCUCCAUCCCUGGGUCACUUAAUUUUCACUUGUACAAAUGCAUGUACUUUUCUUAUGAUAGCAGCCCCCUACAGACACAUAAGUAAACACAAUAAUAAAAAAAACAGAAAGGAGCUUAAAAAUAUAUGAUGGUUACAAUGUACAUAGACUGAUGUAUAAUGUAUUUGUUUUUUUUUUU